AUGUUUCUAGUCUGCUUAAAGGGUCUAUAUUUUACUACGCAAGAUGUUUACAGUUGUUUAUAUCAAUCAACUUCAGGUAAAUUUGAAGCUGCUCUUGAAGUCAUGAGCAAAAUGCAAGAAGCAGGAGUUCAACCAGACAAAGCUGCAUGCAAUAUUCUUGUCCAGAAAUGUUCUAAAGCUGGAGAGACAUCGGCUAUGACUCAAAUUCUCAAGUAUAUGAAGGAGCACUCAAUUGUUCUCCGUCGUGCAGUAUUUUUGGAAGCACUAGAAGCUUUAAAAAUUAACUGUGAGAGUGAUCAUCUCCUCCAAGAAGUAAACCCUCAUCUAUCUUCUGAAGGUAUUGAAGAUGAUUUAGACUCUGAACCGAGUGUUACUGAUACUGCAUCUCUUAUAGAUAGGGGCAUUAUUCUUAAUCUUUUGGCAAGACAGAAUUUGAUUGCCAUAGAACUUGUACUCAGUGAGAUGACUAAUAAGGAUAUCAAAAUGGAUUCUGAACUGAUAUCUGCUAUUGUGCAAUCCAGCUGUGCAAAUUGUAGGCCAUCAUGUGCAGUAAUGGCAUUUAAUUACUGUUUAAAAAUGAGGAAAAAUCUUGAUAGAACUGCAUACACCUCCCUGCUUGGUCUCUUCAUCAGAAUCAAUGCAUUUGAGAAAGUUUUGGAGAUUGUUGAAGAAAUGAUUAAAUCUGAUACUAGCUUUGGGACAUAUCUUGUUUCUCUCUUGAUAUAUAAGCUUGGUUGUGCUGGACUUCCUGCUUCUGCUACAAAGAUUUUUUAUUUAUUACCCAUGGACCAGAAUGUUGUGACGUUUACAGCUCUAAUGGAUGCUUAUUUUCAAGCUGAUGAAGUUGAUAAAAGUCUUGAGCUCUUUUCAGAAAUGAAAAGGAAAGGUAUUCCUAUUUCAUUUGGCACAUACAAUGUUCUAAUAGUUGGUCUAGAAAGGGCUGGCAGAAGAAGUGAUGCAGAAGUUUACAGGAAAGAGAAGAGGAGAUUUCAGUGGCAUGAAUAUUCUCGAGAGGGAGUUUCAACAGAAGAGAGCUUGUGUAACUGUCUUUUUGGUGCAGAUUGAGGCUAGCAGACUCUGCAGCAUAAAAUAUUGUCGUUCUAAGCUGAAGUUUUCUGAUCCCCUUUCUAAAGGUGGUUUCAUGGUUGAAAUCUUCAAACAUUUUGUGCUUUGAUUAUGGGGUUUGUUAAAAACAAUUUUUGAAAAGCCUAAAAAAACUUGAAAAGGUUGGAUAGAAUGAUGUGAGGAUUUUCUACAUCAUUUGUCUUUUAUCCAGAAUCAUAACUGGUCUAGAAAUGGCAGAGGGGACUUGUGAACCAAAUCAAAGAGGAGAGAAGAAGAGAGGGCAAUUGUGAUCUGUUGACAAGAUAAAGGAGUUCUGUAACCAUGUUUUUGGUGGAAUUGAGGCUUGCAAACCAUUCGUUUUAUCAACAGAAUAGUGAAGUAAGUUCAAUUCUGUUAAUCUUGUUAAAGACAUGAUUACAUGAAUGGUGUAUGCAUGCGUGUGGAGGCUGCUUACUUUAUUUAAUUUAGUCAAAGGAUAGUGAUUUGAAGGCAAAAUAUUGAAGAAGCACAGAAUAUAGAGUUGAAUGCUUACUAUUGAAGGCUUCUAAAAGCACAAUUUGCAACAUUAUAAAUCUCGGCACCGAGUGGAUGUCAUGUAAAACUGAGAGGAAACUGGAGAAUUUGAAUUGACAUUAAGUUUCUUGGAGGAAAGGGAAGAAUGAGCUACUUGCUGAACUUUCUUUGCCAAAAUCAGCGAGUGUUUAUAUUUGGGAGGUGCAGACCGCAAUUUAAGAACAAUAGACUCUGCCCACUGAUAGGUCACCAAAGGUUGUAAAUUAUUACUGAUUGGAGAUUUUUGUUGUUGCAGUUUUUAUUACAAAAAAACAUGCACAUGUAGGUAUACAAUAAAAGUAAUGAUAGCAUUAAUUUUAAGAAGAUUUUUGCAGUAA